AUGGAGUUGAUCCGUUUCCAGUCUCGUGCUGGAGGAGAAUCUAGGAGGAGCAGGACAGACAGGAGGAUAGAUGAAAGCUGGAGGGUGGAGGUCUGGCUGCCAGGGGUGCCCAUGGACCUACUACUAGAGAUCGAGGCUGAAGAAAACAACACUAAUAUGAGCGCACCUCUGAAAGAGAGCCUUAUAAGGCGUGUGGUUAGACACCGAGGUAUAAAGACAGCGGGUACAAUUGCGUUUAACGAUGUUGUUCAUGAGUUAUCAGAGCAUCUCCAUAUUUCGAUUUGGACACCAGCUUACAGAGAGCUCACGAAUGAUGUCCGAAAACAUGUAACUAAUCAGAAGUAUACUACGAACAGAAAGGGAGAAAGAACCAAAAGACCGUUGUCAGAGGAGCACCAGCCCCGGGAUUCAUAUCCUAGGAAUUAUCAUCAUGAUCAUGGAGCUUCAAACAGAAACUCAACCCAAUCUUCACCAACAUGGGACGGAUCAAUGAAUCAAUCCGCUCGAGCUCCCUUCACAUCGGCCUCCCCUUUCUCCCCCUCGUCAUUUACCUGGUCCGGCGAUCACUUCACAUACAACCAUAUAUCUUCUAACCUCGCCCAACCACGCAAUCCAUCCACAACCUCAACACCGGUAAAGUCCAGAUUCGCCCCACAUCGCACCCCCUACACAUCCGUCUCAUCAACCACUUCAUUCACCCAUGCCCCACCACUCGCACGCACUCCUUCCACACCCACCACAGCACGCAGUUCAUUCACCCAUACGUCAUCACACACUUCCUCCACACCCGCCGCAACACGCAGUACAUUCACGCAUACCUCACCACGCACACGCACUCAUUCCACACCCGCGACAUCACGCAGUAAGUUCACUCAUACCUCACCACGCACACCCGUACGCACUCCAUCCACACCCGUCCUAUCUACCAGUAUAUUCACCCAUACCUCACCGCGCUCACGCACUACUUCCACACCCGCCGCAACGCGCAGAACAUUCACGCAUACUUCACCACGCACACACACUCCUUCCACAAUCGCGACAUCACGCAAUACAUUCACCCAUGCCUCACCACUCUCACGCACUCCUUCCACACCCGUCGCAACGCGCAGUACAUUCACGCAUACCUCACCACGCACACGCACUCCUUCCACAUCCGCCAUAUCACGCAGUGCACUCACCCAUACCUCACCACGCUCACGCACUCCUUCCACACCCGUCCUAUCUACCAGUAUAUUCACCCAUACCUCACCACGCUCACGCACUACUUCCACACCCGCCAUAUCACCAACUAACCUCACCAGGCACCCCGUCUUCGGACCCACCAACAUCUCCUCUCCUCCCAGCCUCCCGCUUUUGGGUAUACACUGAGGAAGACAUGACCCCCCAAAAUAAAUUUGAAGAAAAGGGAGGGAAGCGCAUCCGCUUCCCCAAAAAACGUCUAGACCUAUGAAAAGAUAGUAUCCCACAUAAUUUUAAUCAAGAAAUAUCACAUCGGUCCGUAACAGAAAGGUUAGCGAUUAAUCCUACACUCGAUUUACAAGAUUGAAUGUGUACAUUGUAGUCAAUGCAAUCAAUCGUAGAAAACUGUUCUACGAUCAUUGCUAAGCUUUGUGUUGCGGGCCCCUGAUCAUAAAACCCUACCCACAUGAUCCAAUAGCUCCAUGCUCAGAUCAUGUUAAAAAUUAAAUUGUCAAGCAUGUGGUAAAUGAUUAGUUUGUGUAUACACCAAGAGAAUAUCACUGCAUAUCAAGUUGUUUUCUUUUUUAAUGAUUGCAUAGUAUACUGUAAUUUCGGUUUAUGCUGUUCUCGGGUUUUCUUACUUCUCUCUUUUUAAUUUAUUUUCUUGUUGCUGUUAUUGGACAUGUGUAAUUAUGUAUGACAUGUCGGGUAAAUAAUGAUAUCAUUUAGUUUUGUUUUUAAAGAUUUAGAAAAAUGUACCUUGAACUAAAUGAGAAUAUUUCAUAUAGUAACUUUUGUGUCAAUUGCGUAUGACAAGCUUUUGCUUUAAAAGACAAUUCUUUCCCAGCCCCCAAAAAUUAUGUUAAUGAAUUGAAAAAUAAUGUCAAGCAAUAUAGGAUUAAAAUGAAAAAGGUUAUGGACUUUUAUCUUCUUGCAUAUUUGUUGAUAAUGGUUUGCACGUUAAGAUCAGAAUAAUAAUUAAGGAAAUCGGUGAGAUCACACACUCUCUUUUGUAUUUCAUUUAAGUAUAUAUGUACUUGUCAUAUAUUUCAGAUUUCAUAAUUAGGAAACAUAUUAUAUGGCACAUAAUACGCACCGUAUAUUAUUCAAGGAGAAAAUUAAGAUAUUCCACAUAUCUCACAAUAAAAUAAACAAAAUGAAUAUUGUGACUUGCUGAUGUCAUUGGUUUCACAUUUGCAUACUGACCUGGACGUGCAUAUGAAUGUCUAUUUGUUCAUAGGUGAGAUUUCAAAGCGUCAACAUUUUCGCAUUUUACAUCCGAUUUCGAUUAAAUUUGCAUAAUUUUUCUCUUAUUCAUUCAGAACAACAACUUUUUGUUAAGGCUAAGUUCGGUCCAAUGAAAAAUAGAUUUAAAAAAAAAUUGCUGGGUCAAGCGAUGACAACUCCAUAAAAAUAAUACGUAAUUAUACUUUAUUAACUGUGUUCACACGCUGCAUCGGCUCACGGUGCAGACCCGCUAGCGGAUGCAGACUCGGCUGGUGGAUUAUCUUGCGUCGCGUUUAUAUACACGCUGAACAAAAUAACAUUUCCAUUCUGCUAUAUAAAUGUGUUUAUUAAUUUAAUGAGUUUUAUUCCGGGGUUCUCAUUUUUUCAAGCAAUCUGCUUAUAAUGACAAUCCUUCUCCUGCAAACUGUAAAUGUUAUAUUUUUUUUAUUUUUGGUAGUAGAUCAUAUUUGUUUAGAAUGACUUUUAUUUAGUUUUUUAUGAUUCAUAUCAAAAUCAAUUACCAACACAUUAUGUUUGCUAAGUAAUGAAAAUUGAGAUGUAUACGACUGUUAUUGAUGCAGAAAAAAAAUAAUUAAUCAAAUCAAACGUUUUCUUAUGAAAAGAGCACAGAGCUGAUAUAUGUAAUGUCGGGUAGUGAUUAAAAGUAUUGUACUUAAUAGGACUGGUCAAACCAAACAAAAAGCUGAUUUGAAUGGAUAACACACAUUGGCUAUUCCUUUGGUAUUCUUAUCCGAAAACUAAAAAUUUAAUCAUAUAGGUUGGUUGGUUGCUACGAAUGGCCAUUGCACAUUUACGAUCAGUGAUUGUUUCACAGUGAGAACAAAUGAAAGGGGAAGUUCAAACCGAAGAAAAGUUUGUUGUAAAGAUAGCAUAAAAGUCAUAAUGACUAUUGGUGAAGGUUUGAGGGAAAUCUGUUAACGAUUAAGAAGUUUAUUACAAUUGUACGUUCUUUAUUCUACGAAAACGUUAAACGAAAAGGUGCCCCACAUGUUAUCUAAUAUCUAAUGCAUGAAUUUCAUUUUUUUAAUGUAUCCUGAUGGCAUAUUUUUGUUUUCUUUUCAUGAUUGUGAAAUAAUUUGUCUAUUGAUAUACAAAAGGUGCACUGAAAACCAUUUUUAAUUUUCUGAGAAAAUGACAUUCAUUGAUUUUUUACCAUUCGCUUGCCGGAAUGCUGCUCGCACAUGACGUCAAAUCGAAUGACUAAAAUUCUAAUAACAUUUUUUGAUACUUUGAUGGAUUUGUCUACGAAAAAUCAGCAACAUUUUGUAUUCUUUUUUUGUUGUUGAUAUUCUAACAAUAUUGUUUGUCUGGUUGAACUUCCCCUUUGAAUUAAUCCAUAUUUCAUGUUACAAAAUGCCAAGCAAAUAAUGAGUGACGUCACUGGCCAGGAUGUGAAAGUAAAAUAAGAUUUGAAAUUUCAUAAAUGUCUCACUUUAUACCUGAUUGAAAUUUUCAGAAUUAUGCCUCUAUGAUUUGUUCUCUGAAUAGUUUUUUUUUUGAUAAUGUUAGGGUGGGCUUGUUAAGAAGAGCUGACAGCUUUUAGACCACAAGACCACUGAUUCCCUUUAUAUUCCACAUGCAUGUACAUGUGAUUUAAACAGGUACAGAACAAAAAUGCCAAUCAGGAAAGAAAAUGUAAAUCUUUGUAUUUUUUUACAAUUUAUUUUUAACUUUUCAUUGUUCAUGAUAUUCAUAUUUUUUGUUCAUGAUUUUUUGUUAUAAAGAAAGACCAAACGCAAAUGAUAUUGUAAUGAAUGAAAGAUCGAUUAUUAAAACCAACUUUGUAUAUAUUUUGAA